CAAGAGUUUUCAUCCUCCAUCACGAUCCCGCCAGUCUACCUGAACCGUAUAGCCACUGUACAGACUACAGAAAAGCACCAACCGGUAUGCUCGUCCAGAGGAUUGUUAUCACUCCAAGUCGCUGCACUUGCGUGUCCUUGCACAACGGCCGAUUCCUGUGGAUUUUUAAGCUGCAGUUACCUGAAGGUCCUGACCCAAAUCUGCCGGUGGAAGUGAGGCACAACUGGCUACAUCGACGGUCGGUUGUUGACGCGACUGAGAGGCCCGAAGUGGCAAAUUACGGUCUUCAAUAUCCAAUAGGGUGCCGCAAAGAGCUGCAGCUUGGUCAGGGAGGCCCCGGUAGCCAGUCCACGCUCUCUCACACUCCACUGGAGCGUAUCCGUACAACAAAUUGCGUCACAACACUCGCACCCAGACAGGCGAUACCCUUCAGGCUUCGGGUAGCCAGACACGGGAAGACAACCUGGAAAUGCUCACCCCGUUUCCUCAAGCUCCCAGUUUCCACAACGCGCCAACGGCAAGGAUUCAUGCUGCUUUUCGCAAUGGUUCGCUAACACUAGUUGAUGCCGUUUUGACAAGCGAAGCUCUACGGAUACCAGCACUAUAGGUCGCGAUUCGCAUCUCCAUCAGUUGCGCCUGUCUGCUUCCAAACAUUACGUCACGGCCUUAGGUAUUCAUGUGGUCUGUUUUUAGCUU